ACCCAAUUAGCCCUCCUCUCUCUCAGAGGACAUACAAAAAAUAUAUAUAAAUUCCCGUUUGAUGGCCGGCAGCAGCAGCUCCUUUCUGAUCGGACUUGCCUUCUUCUUCUCCUUCGUCUCAACGGGAUUGGGACAUGGAACCGGAAAAUUCCCAAUGGUUGUUACUACUUGGCCAUUCUUGGAUGCUGUCAGGGCUGCUUGGACAGCCAUUGAAAGUGGGUUCUCAGCAGAAGAUGCCGUUGUUGAAGGUUGCUCAGCUUGUGAGGAGCUAAUGUGUGAUGGCACAGUUGGACCAGGUGGUAGUCCAGAUGAAAAUGGGGAAACAACAAUUGAUGCUAUGAUCAUGAACGGGGCAACAAUGGAGGUUGGAGCAGUGGCUGCGAUGAGAAAUGUGAAAGAUGGUAUAAGAGCUGCAAGAUUGGUGAUGCUUCACACCAGACAUACCCUAUUAGCAGGAGACCAAGCCUCAGCAUUUGCAAUUUCAAUGGGUCUUCCAGGACCCACAAAUCUUAGCUCAAAUGAGUCAUUAGAGAAAUGGUUAACUUGGAAAACGAAUAAUAGUUGCCAACCCAAUUUCUGGAAGAAUGUUUUACCUGCUGCUGCUCAUACUUGCGGUCCUUAUAAGCCAGAACUUGGAGAGCUUAAUAGUAUGAAGCAACAAUGCUUAAUGAGUAACGAAUUAACAACUGCAUCUCCUAUAGGUCGUCAUAGCCAUGAUACAAUAUCCAUGACCGUGUUUGAUAAGAUGGGUCACAUUGCUGUUGGAACAUCAACUAAUGGAGCCACGUUUAAGAUCCCUGGCAGAGUUGGUGAUGGGCCUAUUGUAGGAUCUUCAGCUUAUGCUGACGAUGAUGUAGGAGCAUGUGGAGCAACAGGUGAUGGUGAUAUCAUGAUGCGCUUCCUUCCAUGUUAUCAAGUGGUGGAGAGUAUGAGGCUUGGAAUGGAGCCUAAGGAUGCGGCCAAGGAUGCUAUUGGUCGAAUCGCUAGAAAAUAUCCAGAUUUUAUUGGGGCCGUCUUUGCAGUAAACAAAGACGGCGUGCAUGCAGGUGCUUGUUAUGGGUGGAAGUUUCAAUACUCAGUUAGGAGCCCUGGAAUGAAUGAUGUAGAAAUAUUUACUGUGUCGCCUUGAAAGAUUGAAUCCUAGUUAUAUUCAUUGUCUUAGAUAGUUUAGUUUUUCUUCUCUCUUAGUGUUGGAUAUUGGGAUUGUGUGGACCAAUCUUUCUGAUAAUUGGAUUCACAGAAAUCUGUCUGCUUUAUUUCUCUCA